GCGGUUGGGGUCGAAGGUGGGUGACCCGCACCGCCAUUUCGAUGAUUGUCGCCAUGGUAACGAGCCGGUGGCGUCGUUCCGAAGCGACUCGUAUCUCGCAACCAAGCUUCGGAUUUUGCUACGUAAGCACUCACCUGGCUGCUUGCGUCGGAAAUAUCUUCUUCGAGCUCGAUCUCACGCAGCUCGAUCUCCAGCUCCUUCCGAGCCCUUUCAAGUUCAUACUCCUUCCGAGAGUUUUCCAGCUUGAGCUCCUUCUUUUGAAGCUCGAUACGCUUCCUUCUUACCUCCAGGUAGGAAGGCAACCUCCGAGGCAAUACCGGUGACACUUCCCCGUCCUUUGGUGGUUCUUCCACGACGCUCACGCGCCUUUCAGGGAAUGCGCCCGACGUUGUCGCUUGCUGCUCCUGCAGCUCUGCAACUUCCUCGCAACUAUUGUCCAAUGUUGCUCUUUCCAUCUCACAACUAACACUUUUCUUCACUCGCGAAUUAACACUACUCCCUGGUGGCGAGAUUUAUAUGCGGAAUUUCGCGCGCGUAUCGUUGACCGUACCGUUUUACUAGUUACACGUACUACUCGCGUUUAGAUUUACGUACGCGUUUACGAACUAACGAACGUUGUGUAGUGAUAACUAAUUUGUGAAAUGUUGUGAAUGAUUACAGCCACAGAGAGAUCAUAAAAUGUAGAUCUGUUUUCUAGCUAUUUAUUAUCGGUGUAGUUAGAAAAGGGGAGAUCACAAAUUAGUUUCGUUCUCUACUGUCGCGCUUAAAAGAGGCCGAAGGCGCGUCCUUCGGCCCUAUUUAUCGGGUUUUCCUUCGUCGCCAUCCUAACCGCUGCUAUAAUGAUGGUGAGCACUGUCCCACCAUCGCCCCCAUUGCGAAACCCUACAACGAUAUCGCUGUUGUAAGGCCCUGCAGCUAUACUACAACGUAAACAAACGAGUUGCGAUAUACGCUUCGCAACAGUGUCUUUGCUAAAGUGUCUUGGCUAAGGUGUCUUGGCUAAUGUGUCUUGGCUAAUGUGUCUUGGCUAAGGUGUCUUGGCUAAGGUGUCUUGGCUAAUGUGUCUUGGCUAAGGUGUCUUGGCUAAUGUGUCUUGGCUAAUGUGUCUUGGCUAAGGUGUCUUGGCUAAUGUGUCUUGGCUAAUGUGUCUUGGCUAAUGUGUCUUGGCUAAGGUGUCUUGGCUAAGGUGUCUUGGCUAAUGUGUCUUGGCUAAUGUGUCUUGGCUAAGGUGUCUUGGCUAAGGUGUCUUGGCUAAUGUGUCUUGGCUAAGGUGUCUUAACUAAGGUGUCUUGGCUAAUGUGUCUUGGCUAAUGUGUCUUGGCUAAGGUGUCUUGGCUAAUGUGUCUUGGCUAAUGUGUCUUGGCUAAGGUGUCUUGGCUAAGGUGUCUUGGCUAAUGUGUCUUGGCUAAUGUGUCUUGGCUAAGGUGUCUUGGCUAAUGUGUCUUAGCUAAUGUGUCUUGGCUAAUGUGUCUCUUCUAAUGUGUCUUGGCUAAGGUGUCUUGGCUAAUGUGUCUUGGCUAAGGUGUCUUGGCUAAGGUGUCUCGGCUAAUGUGUCUUGGCUAAUGUGUCUCGGCUUAUGUGUCUUGGCUAAUGUGUCUUGGCUUAUGUGUCUUGGCUAAUGUGUCUUGGCUAAUGUGUCUUGGCUAAGGUGUCUUGGCUAAUAUAUCUUGGCUAAUGUGUCUUGGCUAAUGUGUCUUGGCUAAGGUGUCUUGGCUAAUGUGUCUUGGCUAAUGUGUCUUGGCUAAUGUGUCUUGGCUAAGGUGUCUUGGCUAAUGUGUUUCGGCUAAUGUGUCUUGGCUAAUGUGUCUUGGCUAAGGUGUCUUGGCUAAUGUGUCUUGGCUAAUGUGUCAUGGCUAAUGUGUCUUGGCUAAUGUGUCAUGGCUAAUGUGUCUUGGCUAAGGUGUCUUGGCUAAGGUGUUUUGGCUAAGGUGUCUUGACUAAUGUGUCUUGGCUAAGGUGUCUUGGCUAAGGUGUCUUGGCUAAUGUGUCUUGGCUAAGGUGUCUUGGCUAAGGUGUCUUGGCUAAGGUGUCUUGGCUAAGGUGUCUUGGCUAAUGUGUCUCGGCUAUGGUGUCUUGGCUAAGGUGUCUUGGCUAAUGUGUCUUGGCUAAGAAGUCUUUACUAAUGUGUCUUGGCUAAGGUGUCUUGGCUAAGGUGUCUUGGCUAAUGUGUCUCGGCUAAUGUGUCUUAGCUAAUGUGUCUUGGCUAAGGUGUCUUGGCUGGUGUGUCUUGGCUAAGGUGUCUUGGCUAAGGUGUCUCGGCUAAUGUGUCUUAGCUAAUGUGUCUUGGCUAAUGUGUCUCUUCUAAUGUGUCUUGGCUAAGGUGUCUUGGCUGAUGUGUCUUGGCUAAGGUGUCUUGGCUAAGGUGUCUUGGCUAAUGUGUCUUGGCUAAUGUUUCUUGGCUAAGGUGUCUUGGCUGAUGUGUCUUGGCUAAGGUGUCUUGGCUAAGGUGUCUUGGCUAAUGUGUCUUAGCUAAUGUGUCUUGGCUAAUGUGUCUCGGCUAAUGUGUCUUGGCUAAGGUGUCUUGGCUGGUGUGUCUUGGCUAAGGUGUCUUGGCUAAGGUGUCUCGGCUAAUGUGUCUUAGCUAAUGUGUCUUGGCUAAUGUGUCUCUUCUAAUGUGUCUUGGCUAAGGUGUCUUGGCUAAGGUGUCUCGGCUAAUGUGUCUUAGCUAAUGUGUCUUGGCUAAGGUGUCUCUUCUAAUGUGUCUUGGCUAAGGUGUCUUGGCUGAUGUGUCUUGGCUAAGGUGUCUUGGCUAAGGUGUCUUGGCUAAUGUGUCUUGGCUAAUGUUUCUUGGCUAAGGUGUCUUGGCUGAUGUGUCUUGGCUAAGGUGUCUUGGCUAAGGUGUCUUGGCUAAUGUGUCUUAGCUAAUGUGUCUUGGCUAAUGUGUCUCGGCUAAUGUGUCUUGGCUAAGGUGUCUUGGCUGGUGUGUCUUGGCUAAGGUGUCUUGGCUAAGGUGUCUCGGCUAAUGUGUCUUAGCUAAUGUGUCUUGGCUAAUGUGUCUCUUCUAAUGUGUCUUGGCUAAGGUGUCUUGGCUGAUGUGUCUUGGCUAAGGUGUCUUGGCUAAGGUGUCUUGGCUAAGGUGUCUUGGCUAAUGUGUCUUGGCUAAGGUGUCUUGGCUAAUGUGUCUUGGCUGAUGUGUCUUGGCUAAGGUGUCUUGGCUAAGGUGUCUCGGCUCAUGUGUCUUAGCUAAUGUGUCUUGGCUGAUGUGUCUUGGCUAAGGUGUCUUGGCUAAGGUGUCUUGGCUAAUGUGUCUUGGCUAAUGUGUCUUGGCUAAGGUGUCUUGGCUUAUGUGUCUCGGCUAAUGUGUCUUGGCUAAUGUGUCUCGGCUAAUGUGUCUUGCCUAAGGUGUCUUGGCUAAGGUGUCUUGGCUAAUGUGUCUUGGCUAAAGUGUCUUGGCUAAUGUGUCUUGGCUAAGGUGUAUUGCAUAAGGUGUCUUGGCCAAUGUGUCUUGGCUAAUGUGUCUUGGCUAAAGUGUCUUGGCUAAUGUGUCUCGGCUAAUGUGUCUUGGCUAAUGUGUCUUGGCUAAUGUGUCUCGGCUAAGGUGUCUUGGCUAAGGUGUCUUGGCUAAUAUGUCUUAGCUAAUGUGUCUUUGCUAAUGUGUCUUGGCUAAGGUGUCUUGACUAAUGUGUCUUGCCUAAUGUGUCUUGGCUAAGGUGUCUCGGCUAAUGUGUCUUGGCUAAGGUGUCUUGGCUAAGGUGUCUUGGCUAAGGUGUCUUGGCUAAUGUGUCUUGGCUAAUGUGUUUUAGCUAAUGUGUCUUGGCUAAUGUGUCUUGGCUAAUGUGUCUUGGCUAAUGUGUCUCGGCUAAUGUGUCUUGGCUAAGGUGCCUUGGCAAAGGUGUCUUGGCUAAGGUGUUUUGGCUAAGGUGUCUUGGCUAAGGUGUCUUGGCUAAGGUGUCUUGACUAAUGUGUCUUUUCUAAGGUGUCUUGGCUAAGGUGUCUUGGCUAAUGCGUCUUGGCUAAUGUGUCUUGGCUAAGGUGUCUUGGCUCAGGUGUCUUGGCUAAUGUGUCUUGGCUAAGGUGUCUUGGCUAAUGUGUCUCGGCUAAAGUGUCUUGGCUAAGGUGUCUUGGCUAAUGUGUCUUGGCUAAGAAGUCUUUACUAAUGUGUCUUGGCUAAGGUGUCUUGGCUAAGGCGUCUUGACUAAUGUGUCUUGGCUAAUUUGUCUUGGCUAAUGUGUCUUGGCUAAUGUGUCUCGGCUAAUGUGUCUUGGCUAAUGUGUCUUGGCUAAGGUGUCUUGGCUAAUGUGUCUUGGCUAAUGUGUCUCGGCUAAUGUGUCUUGGCUAAUGUGUCUCGGCUAAUGUGUCUUGGCUAAUGUGUCUUGGCUAAGGUGUCUUGCCUAAGGUGUCUUGGCUAAUGUGUCUUGGCUAAUGUGUCUUGGCUAAUGUAUCUUAGCUAAUGUGUCUUGGCGAAGGUGUCUUGGCUAAUGUGUAUCGGCUAAUGUGUCUUGGCUAAUGUGUCUCGGCUAAUGUGUCUUGGCUAAUGUGUCUUGGCUAAUGUGUCUUGGAUAAUGUGUCUUGGCUAAUGUGUCUCGGCUAAUGUGUCUUGGCUAAGGUGUCUUGGCUAAUGUGUCUUGGCUAAGGUGUCUUGGCUAAUGUGUCUUGGCUAAUGUGUCUUGGCUAAUGUGUCUUAGCUAAUGUGUCUUGGGUAUUGUGUCUUGGCUAAUGUGUCUUGGCUAAUGUGUCUCGGCUAAUGAGUCUUGGCUAAUGUGUCUCGGCUAAUGUGUCUUGGCUAAUGUGUCUUGGCUAAUGUGUCUUGGCUAAUGUGUCUUGGCUAAUGUGUCUCGGCUUGUGUGUCUUGGCUAAUGUGUCUCGGCUUAUGUGUCUUGGCUAAUAUGUCUUGGCUAAGGUGUCUUGGCUAAGGUGUCUUGGCUAAUGUGUCUUGGCUAAUGUGUCUUGGCUAAGGUGUCUUGGCUAAUGUGUCUUGGCUAAUGUGUCUUGGCUAAUGUGUCUUGGCUAAGGUGUCUUGGCUAAUGUGUCUCGGCUAAUGUGUCUUGGCUAAAGUGUCUCGGCUAAUGUGUCUUGGCUGAUGUGUUUUGGCUAAUGUGUCUUGGCUAAUGUGUCUUGGCUAAUGUGUCUUGGCUAAUGUGUCUUGGCUAAAGUGUCUUGGCUAAUGUGUCUUGGCUAAUGUGUCUCGGCUAAUGAGUCUUGGCUAAUGUGUCUUGGCUAAGGUGUCUUGGCUAAUGUGUCUUGGCUAAUGUGUCUCGGCUACUGUGUCUCGGCUAAUGUGUCUCGGCUAAUGUGUCUUGGCUAAUGUGUCUUGGCUAAGGUGUCUUGCCUAAUGUGUCUUGGCUAAUGUGUCUUGGCUAAUGUGUCUUGGCUAAUGUGUCUUGGCUAAUGUGUCUUGGCUAAGGUGUCUUGGCUAAUGUGUCUCGGCUAAUGUGUCUUUGCUAAUGUGUCUCGGCUAAUGUGUCUUGGCUAAUGUGUCUUGGCUAAUGUGUCUUGGCUAAUGUGUCUUGGCUAAUGUGUCUCGGCUAAUGUGUCUUGGCUAAUGUGUCUUGGCUAAUGUGUCUUGGCUAAGGUGUCUUGGCUAAUGUGUCUUGGCUAAUGUGUCUUGGCUAAUGUGUCUUGGCUAAUGUGUCUUGGGUAUUGUGUCUUGGCUAAUGUGUCUUGGCUAAUGUGUCUUGGCUAAUGUGUCUUGGCUAAUGUGUCUUGGCUAAGGUGUCUUGGCUAAUGUGUCUCGGCUAAUGUGUCUUGGCUAAUGUGUCUCGGCUAAUGUGUCUUGGCUAAUGUGUCUUGGCUAAUGUGUCUUGGCUAAUGUGUCUCGGCUAAUGUGUCUAAGCGAAGGUGUCUUGGCUAAGGUGUCUUGGCUAAGGUGUCUUGGCUAAUGUGUCUUGGCUAAUGUGUCUUGGCUAAUGUGUCUUGGCUAAUGUGUCUCGGCUAAUGUGUCUUGGCUAAUGUGUCUUGGCUAAUGUGUCUUGGCUAAUGUGUCUUGGCUAAUGUGUCUCGGCUUAUGUGUCUUGGCUAAUGUGUCUUGGCUAAUGUGUCUUGGCUAAUGUGUCUUGGCUAAUGUGUCUUGGCUAAUGUGUCUUGGCUAAUGUGUCUUGGCUAAGGUGUCUCGGCUAAUGUGUCUUGGCUCAUGUGUCUUGGCUAAUGUGUCUUGGCUAAUGUGUCUUGGCUAAGGUGUCUUGGCUAAUGUGUCUCGGUUAAUGUGUCUUGGCUAAUGUGUCUCGGCUAAUGUGUCUUGGCUUAUGUGUCUUGGCUAAUGUGUCUUGGCUAAUGUGUCUUGGCUAAUGUGUCUUUUCUAAGGUGUCUUGGCUAAUGUGUCUUGGCUAAUGUGUCUUAGCUAAUGUAGAUUGGCUAAUGUGUCUUGGCUAAGGUGUCUUGGCUAAUGUGUCUUAGCUAAUGUGUCUUGGCUAAUGUGUCUUGGCUAAUGUGUCUUGGCUAAGGUGUCUUGGCUAAGGUGUCUUGACUAAUGUGUCUCGGCUAAUGUGUCUUGGCUAAGGUGUCCCGGAUAUUGUGUCUUGGCUAAGGUGUCUUGGCUAAUGUGUCUUGGCUAAGGUGUCUUGGCUAAUGUGUCUUGUCUAAUGUGUUUUAGCUAAUGUGUCUUGGCUAAUGUGUCUUGGCUAAAGUGUCUUGGCUAAUGUGUCUUGGCUAAUGUGUCUUGGCUAAGGUGCCUUGGCAAAGGUGUCUUGGCUAAGGUGUUUUGGCUAAGGUGUCUUGGCUAAGGUGUCUUGGCUAAGGUGUCUUGACUAAUGUGUCUUUUCUAAGGUGUCUUGGCUAAGGUGUCUUGGCUAAUGUGUCUUGGCUAAGGUGUCUUGGCUCAGGUGUCUUGGCUAAUGUGUCUUGGCUAAGGUGUCUUGGCUAAGGUGUCUUGGCUAAUGUGUCUCGGCUAAAGUGUCUUGGCUAAGGUGUCUUGGCUAAUGUGUCUUGGCUAAUGUGUCUUGGCUAAUGUGUCUCGGCUAAUGUGUCUUGGCUAAUGUGUCUUGGCUAAGGUGUCUUGGCUAAUGUGUCUUGGCUAAUGUGUCUCGGCUAAUGUUUCUUGGCUAAUGUGUCUCGGCUAAUGUGUCUUGGCUAAUGUGUCUUGGCUAAGGUGUCUUGCCUAAGGUGUCUUGGCUAAUGUGUCUUGGCUAAUGUGUCUUGGCUAAUGUGUCUUGGCUAAGGUGUCUUGCCUAAUGUGUCUCGGCUAAUGUGUCUUGGCUAAUGUGUCUCGGCUAAUGUGUCUUGGCUAAUGUGUCUUGGCUAAUGUGUCUUGGCUAAUGUGUCUUGGCUAAUGUGUCUCGGCUAAUGUGUCUUGGCUAAUGUGUCUCGGCUAAUGUGUCUUGGCUAAGGUGUCUUGGCUAAUGUGUCUUGGCUAAUGUGUCUUGGCUAAUGUGUCUUGGCUAAUGUGUCUUGGGUAUUGUGUCUUGGCUAAUGUGUCUUGGCUAAUGUGUCUCGGCUAAUGUGUCUUGGCUAAUGUGUCUUGGCUAAUGUGUCUUGGCUAAUGUGUCUUGGCUAAUGUGUCUUGGCUAAUGUGUCUUGGCUAAGGUGUUUUGGCUAAGGUGUCUUGGCUAAUGUGUCUUGGCUAAUGUGUCUUGGCUAAGGUGUCUUGGCUAAUGUGUCUUGGCUAAUGUGUCUUGGCUAAUGUGUCUUGGCUAAGGUGUCUUGGCUAAUGUGUCUUGGCUAAUGUGUCUUGGCUAAUGUGUCUCGGCUAAUGUGUCUUGGCUGAUGUGUCUUGGCUAAUGUGUCUUGGCUAAUGUGUCUUGGCUAAUGUGUCUUGGCUAAGGUGUCUCGGCUAAUGUGUCUUGGCUAAUGUGUCUUGGCUAAGGUGUCUUGGCUAAUGUGUCUCGGCUAAUGUGUCUUGGCUAAUGUGUCUCGGCUAAUGUGUCUUGGCUAAUGUGUCUUGGCUAAUGUGUCUUGGCUAAUGUAUCUUGGCUAAGGUGUCUUGGCUAAUGUGUCUUAGCUAAUGUGUCUUGGCUAAUGUGUCUUGGCUAAUGUGUCUUGGCUAAUGUGUCUUGGCUAAUGUGUCUUUUCUAAGGUGUCUUGGCUAAUGUGUCUUGGCUAAUGUGUCUUGGCUAAGGUGUCUUGGCUAAUGUAUCUUGGCUAAGGUGUCUUGGCUAAUGUGUCUUGGCUAAGGUGUCUUGGCUAAUGUGUCUUGGCUAAUGUGUCUUGGCUAAUGUGUCUUGGCUAAGGUGUCUUGGCUAAUGUGUCUUGGCUAAUGUGUCUUGGCUAAUGUGUCUUGGCUAAUGUGUCUUGGCUGAUGUGUCUUGGCUAAUGUGUCUUGGCUAAUGUGUCUUGGCUAAUGUGUCUUGGCUAAGGUGUCUCGGCUAAUGUGUCUUGGCUAAUGUGUCUUGGCUAAUGUGUCUUGGCUAAGGUGUCUUGGCUAAUGUGUCUCGGCUAAUGUGUCUUGGCUAAUGUGUCUCGGCUAAUGUGUCUUCGCUAAUGUGUCUUGGCUAAUGUGUCUUGGCUAAUGUGUCUUGGCUAAUGUGUCUUUUCUAAGGUGUCUUGGCUAAUGUGUCUUGGCUAAUGUGUCUUGGCUAAUGUGUCUUGGCUAAUGUAUCUUGGCUAAGGUGUCUUGGCUAAUGUGUCUUAGCUAAUGUGUCUUGGCUAAUGUGUCUUGGCUAAUGUGUCUUGGCUAAGGUGUCUCGGCUAAUGUGUCUUGGCUAAUGUGUCUUGGCUAAUGUGUCUUGGCUAAUGUGUCUUCGCUAAUGUGUCUCGGCUAAUGUGUCUUGGCUAAUGUGUCUCGGCUAAUGUGUCUCGGCUAAUGUGUCUUGGCUAAUGUGUCUUGGCUAAUGUGUCUUGGCUAAUGUGUCUUUUCUAAGGUGUCUUGGCUAAUGUGUCUUGGCUAAUGUGUCUUGGCUAAUGUGUCUUGGCUAAUGUAUCUUGGCUAAGGUGUCUUGGCUAAUGUGUCUUAGCUAAUGUGUCUUGGCUAAUGUGUCUUGGCUAAUGUGUCUUGGCUAAGGUGUCUUGGCUAAUGUGUCUUGACUAAUGUGUCUCGGCUAAUGUGUCUUGGCUAAGGUGUCUCGGAUAAUGUGUCUUGGCUAAGGUGUCUUGGCUAAUGUAUCUUGGCUAAGGUGUCUUGGCUAAUGUGUCUUGUCUAAUGUGUUUUAGCUAAGGUGUCUUGGCUAAUGUGUCUUGGCUAAGGUGCCUUGGCUAAUGUGUCUUGGCUAAUGUGUCUUGGCUAAGGUGCCUUGGCUAAGGUGUCUUGGCUAAGGUGUUUUGGCUAAGGUGUCUUGGCUAAGGUGUCUUGGCUAAGGUGUCUUGACUAAUGUGUCUUUUCUAAGGUGUCUUGGCUAAGGUGUCUUGGCUAAUGUGUCUUGGCUAAGGUGUCUUGGCUCAGGUGUCUUGGCUAAUGUGUCUUGGCUAAGGUGUCUUGGCUAAGGUGUCUUGGCUAAUGUGUCUCGGCUAAAGUGUCUUGGCUAAGGUGUCUUGGCUAAUGUGUCUUGGCUAAUGUGUCUUGGCUAAGGUGUCUUGCCUAAUGUGUCUCGGCCAAUGUGUCUCGGCCAAUGUGUCUUGGCUAAUGUGUCUCGGCUAAUGUUUCUUGGCUAAUGUCUCUCGGCUAAUGUGUCUUGGCUAAUGUGUUUUGGUUAAGGUGUCUUGCCUAAGGUGUCUUGGCUAAUGUGUCUUGGCUAAUGUGUCUUGGCUAAUGUGUCUUGGCUAAGGUGUCUUGCCUAAUGUGUCUCGGCCAAUGUGUCUCGGCCAAUGUGUCUUGGCUAAUGUGUCUCGGCUAAUGUGUCUUGGCUAAUGUGUCUUGGCUAAUGUGUCUUUUCUAAGGUGUCUUGGCUAAUGUGUCUUAGCUAAUGUAGAUUGGCUAAUGUGUCUUGGCUAAGGUGUCUUGGCUAAUGUGUCUUAGCUAAUGUGUCUUGGCUAAUGUGUCUUGGCUAAUGUGUCUUGGCUAAUGUGUCUUGGCUAAGGUGUCUUGACUAAUGUGUCUCGGCUAAUGUGUCUUGGCUAAGGUGUCUCGGAUAAUGUGUCUUGGCUAAGGUGUCUUGGCUAAUGUGUCUUGGCUAAGGUGUCUUGGCUAAUGUGUCUUGUCUAAUGUGUUUUAGCUAAUGUGUCUUGGCUAAUGUGUCUUGGCUAAAGUGUCUUGGCUAAUGUGUCUUGGCUAAUGUGUCUUGGCUAAUGUGUCUUGGCUAAGGUGUCUUGGCUAAGGUGUUUUGGCUAAGGUGUCUUGGCUAAGGUGUCUUGGCUAAGGUGUCUUGACUAAUGUGUCUUUUCUAAGGUGUCUUGGCUAAGGUGUCUUGGCUAAUGUGUCUUGGCUAAGGUGUCUUGGCUCAGGUGUCUUGGCUAAUGUGUCUUGGCUAAGGUGUCUUGGCUAAGGUGUCUUGGCUAAUGUGUCUUGGCUAAGGUGUCUUGGCUAAUGUGUCUUGGCUAAGAAGUCUUUACUAAUGUGUCUUGGCUAAGGUGUCUUGGCUAAGGUGUCUUGGCUAAUGUGUCUUGGCUAAGGUGUCUUGGCUAAGGUGUCUUGGCUAAUGUGUCUUGGCUAAUGUGUCUUGGUUAAUGUGUCUUGGCUAAUGUGUCUUGGCUAAUGUGUCUUGGCUAAUGUGUCUCGGCUAAUGUGUCUUGGCUAAUGUGUCUUGGCUAAGGUGUCUUGGCUAAUGUGUCUUGGCUAAUGUGUCUCGGCUAAUGUUUCUUGGCUAAUGUGUCUCGGCUAAUGUGUCUUGGCUAAUGUGUCUUGGCUAAGGUGUCUUGCCUAAGGUGUCUUGGCUAAUGUGUCUUGGCUAAUGUGUCUUGGCUAAUGUGUCUUGGCUAAGGUGUCUUGCCUAAUGUGUCUCGGCUAAUGUGUCUUGGCUAAUGUGUCUUGGCUAAUGUGUCUUGGCUAAUGUGUCUUGGCUAAUGUGUCUUGGCUAAGGUGUCUUGGCUAAUGUGUCUUGGCUAAUGUGUCUUGGCUAAUGUGUCUCGGCUAAUGUGUCUUGGCUGAUGUGUCUUGGCUAAUGUGUCUUGGCUAAUGUGUCUUGGCUAAGGUGUCUUGGCUAAUGUGUCUUGGCUAAUGUGUCUUGGCUAAUGUGUCUUGGCUAAGGUGUCUUGGCUAAUGUGUCUUGGCUAAUGUGUCUUGGCUAAUGUGUCUCGGCUAAUGUGUCUUGGCUGAUGUGUCUUGGCUAAUGUGUCUUGGCUAAUGUGUCUUGGCUAAUGUGUCUUGGCUAAUGUGUCUUGGCUAAGGUGUCUUGGCUAAUGUGUCUUGGCUAAGGUGUCUUGGCUAAUGUGUCUUGGCUAAUGUGUCUCGGCUAAUGUGUCUUGGCUAAUGUGUCUUGGCUAAUGUGUCUUGGCUAAUGUGUCUUGGCUAAUGUGUCUUUUCUAAGGUGUCUUGGCUAAUGUGUCUUGGCUAAUGUGUCUUAGCUAAUGUAGAUUGGCUAAUGUGUCUUGGCUAAGGUGUCUUGGCUAAUGUGUCUUAGCUAAUGUGUCUUGGCUAAUGUGUCUUGGCUAAUGUGUCUUGGCUAAGGUGUCUUGGCUAAGGUGUCUUGACUAAUGUGUCUCGGCUAAUGUGUCUUGGCUAAGGUGUCUCGGAUAAUGUGUCUUGGCUAAGGUGUCUUGGCUAAUGUAUCUUGGCUAAGGUGUCUUGGCUAAUGUGUCUUGUCUAAUGUGUUUUAGCUAAUGUGUCUUGGCUAAUGUGUCUUGGCUAAGGUGCCUUGGCUAAUGUGUCUUGGCUAAUGUGUCUUGGCUAAGGUGCCUUGGCAAAGGUGUCUUGGCUAAGGUGUUUUGGCUAAGGUGUCUUGGCUAAGGUGUCUUGGCUAAGGUGUCUUGACUAAUGUGUCUUUUCUAAGGUGUCUUGGCAAAGGUUUCUUGGCUAAUGUGUCUUGGCUAAGGUGUCUUGGCUCAGGUGUCUUGGCUAAUGUGUCUUGGCUAAGGUGUCGUGGCAAAUGUGUCUCGGCUAAAGUGUCUUGGCUAAGGUGUCUUGGCUAAUGUGUCUUGGCUAAGAAGUCUUUACUAAUGUGUCUUGGCUAAGGUGUCUUGGCUAAGGUGUCUUGGCUAAUGUGUCUUGGCUAAGGUGUCUUGGCUAAUGUGUCUUGGCUAAUGUGUCUUGGCUAAUGUGUCUUGGCUAAUGUGUCUCGGCUAAUGUGUCUUGGCUGAUGUGUCUUGGCUAAUGUGUCUUGGCUAAUGUGUCUUGGCUAAGGUGUCUUGGCUAAUGUGUCUUGGCUAAUGUGUCUUGGCUAAUGUGUCUUGGCUAAUGUGUCUUGGCUAAUGUGUCUCGGCUAAUGUGUCUUGGCUGAUGUGUCUUGGCUAAUGUGUCUUGGCUAAUGUGUCUUGGCUAAUGUGUCUUGGCUAAGGUGUCUUGGCUAAUGUGUCUUGGCUAAGGUGUCUUGGCUAAGGUGUCUUGGCUAAUGUGUCUUGGCUCAGGUGUCUUGGCUAAUGUGUCUUGGCUAAGGUGUCUUGGCUAAGGUGUCUUGGCUAAUGUGUCUCGGCUAAAGUGUCUUGGCUAAGGUGUCUUGGCUAAUGUGUCUUGGCUAAGAAGUCUUUACUAAUGUGUCUUGGCUAAGGUGUCUUGGCUAAGGUGUCUUGGCUAAUGUGUCUUGGCUAAGGUGUCUUGGCUAAGGUGUCUUGGCUAAGGUGUCUUGGCUAAUGUGUCUCGGCUAAUGUGUCUUGGCUAAUGUGUCUUGGCUAAUGUGUCUCGGCUAAUGUUUCUUGGCUAAUGUGUCUCGGCUAAUGUGUCUUGGCUAAUGUGUCUUGGCUAAGGUGUCUUGCCUAAGGUGUCUUGGCUAAUGUGUCUUGGCUAAUGUGUCUUGGCUAAUGUGUCUUGGCUAAUGUGUCUUGGCUAAUGUGUCUUUUCUAAGGUGUCUUGGCUAAUGUGUCUUGGCUAAUGUGUCUUAGCUAAUGUAGAUUGGCUAAUGUGUCUUGGCUAAGGUGUCUUGGCUAAUGUGUCUUAGCUAAUGUGUCUUGGCUAAUGUGUCUUGGCUAAUGUGUCUUGGCUAAGGUGUCUUGGCUAAGGUGUCUUGACUAAUGUGUCUCGGCUAAUGUGUCUUGGCUAAGGUGUCCCGGAUAUUGUGUCUUGGCUAAGGUGUCUUGGCUAAUGUGUCUUGGCUAAGGUGUCUUGGCUAAUGUGUCUUGUCUAAUGUGUUUUAGCUAAUGUGUCUUGGCUAAUGUGUCUUGGCUAAAGUGUCUUGGCUAAUGUGUCUUGGCUAAUGUGUCUUGGCUAAGGUGCCUUGGCAAAGGUGUCUUGGCUAAGGUGUCUUGGCUAAGGUGUCUUGGCUAAUGUGUCUUGGCUAAGGUGUCUUGGCUAAUGUGUCUUGGCUAAUGUGUCUCGGCUAAUGUGUCUUGGCUAAUGUGUCUUGGCUAAUGUGUCUUGGCAAAGGUGUCUUGGCUAAGGUGUUUUGGCUAAGGUGUCUUGGCUAAGGUGUCUUGGCUAAGGUGUCUUGACUAAUGUGUCUUUUCUAAGGUGUCUUGGCUAAGGUGUCUUGGCUAAUGUGUCUUGGCUAAGGUGUCUUGGCUCAGGUGUCUUGGCUAAUGUGUCUUGGCUAAGGUGUUUUGGCUAAGGUGUCUUGGCUAAGGUGUCUUGGCUAAGGUGUCUUGACUAAUGUGUCUUUUCUAAGGUGUCUUGGCUAAGGUGUCUUGGCUAAUGUGUCUUGGCUAAGGUGUCUUGGCUCAGGUGUCUUGGCUAAUGUGUCUUGGCUAAGGUGUCUUGGCUAAGGUGUCUUGGCUAAUGUGUCUCGGCUAAAGUGUCUUGGCUAAGGUGUCUUGGCUAAUGUGUCUUGGCUAAGAAGUCUUUACUAAUGUGUCUUGGCUAAGGUGUCUUGGCUAAGGUGUCUUUGCUAAUGUGUCUUGGCUAAUGUGUCUUAGCUAAUGUAGAUUGGCUAAUGUGUCUUGGCUAAGGUGUCUUGGCUAAUGUGUCUUAGCUAAUGUGUCUUGGCUAAUGUGUCUUGGCUAAUGUGUCUUGGCUAAGGUGUCUUGGCUAAGGUGUCUUGACUAAUGUGUCUCGGCUAAUGUGUCUUGGCUAAGGUGUCCCGGAUAUUGUGUCUUGGCUAAGGUGUCUUGGCUAAUGUGUCUUGGCUAAGGUGUCUUGGCUAAUGUGUCUUGUCUAAUGUGUUUUAGCUAAUGUGUCUUGGCUAAUGUGUCUUGGCUAAAGUGUCUUGGCUAAUGUGUCUUGGCUAAUGUGUCUUGGCUAAGGUGCCUUGGCAAAGGUGUCUUGGCUAAGGUGUUUUGGCUAAGGUGUCUUGGCUAAGGUGUCUUGGCUAAGGUGUCUUGACUAAUGUGUCUUUUCUAAGGUGUCUUGGCUAAGGUGUCUUGGCUAAUGUGUCUUGGCUAAUGUGUCUUGGCUAAGGUGUCUUGGCUCAGGUGUCUUGGCUAAUGUGUCUUGGCUAAGGUGUCUUGGCUAAUGUGUCUCGGCUAAAGUGUCUUGGCUAAGGUGUCUUGGCUAAUGUGUCUUGGCUAAGAAGUCUUUACUAAUGUGUCUUGGCUAAGGUGUCUUGGCUAAGGUGUCUUGGCUAAUGUGUCUUGACUAAGGUGUCUUGGCUAAGGUGUCUUGGCUAAGGUGUCUUGGCUAAUGUGUCUCGGCUAAUGUGUCUUGGCUAAGGUGUCUUGGCUAAUGUGUCUUGGCUAAGGUGUCUUGGCUAAUGUGUCUUGGCUAAUGUGUUUUAGCUAAUGUGUCUUGGCUAAUGUGUCUCGGCUAAAGUGUCUUGGCUAAUGUGUCUCGGCUAAUGUGUCUUGGCUAAGGUGUCUUGGCUAAGGUGUCUUGGCUAAGGUGUCUUGGCUAAGGUGUCUUGGCUAAUGUGUCUCGGCUAAUGUGUCUUGGCUAAUGUGUCUUGGCUUAUGUGUCUUGGCUAAGGUGUCUUGGCUAAUGUGUCUUGGCUAAUGUGUCUUGGCUAAGGUGUCUUGGCUCAGGUGUCUUGGCUAAUGUGUCUUGGCUAAGGUGUCUUGGCUAAUGUGUCUCGGCUAAAGUGUCUUGGCUAAGGUGUCUUGGCUAAUGUGUCUUGGCUAAGAAGUCUUUACUAAUGUGUCUUGGCUAAGGUGUCUUGGCUAAGGUGUCUUGGCUAAUGUGUCUUGACUAAGGUGUCUUGGCUAAGGUGUCUUGGCUAAGGUGUCUUGGCUAAUGUGUCUUGGCUAAGGUGUCUUGGCUAAGGUGUCUCGGCUAAUGUGUCUUGGCUAAUGUGUCUCGGCUAAUGUGUCUUGGCUAAUGUGUCUUGGCUAAUGUGUCUUGGAUAAUGUGUCUUGGAUAAUGUGUCUUGGCUAAGGUGUCUUGGCUAAUGUGUCUUGGCUAAUGUGUCUUAGCUAAUGUAGAUUUGCUAAUGUGUCUUGGCUGAUGUGUCUUGGCUAAUGUGUCUUGGCUAAUGUGUCUUGGCUAAUGUGUCUUGGCUAAUGUGUCUUGGCUAAUGUGUCUUGGCUAAGGUGUCUUGACUAAUGUGUCUCGGCUAAUGUGUCUUGGCUAAUGUGUCUCGGCUAAUGUGUCUUGGCUAAUGUGUCUCGGCUAAUGUGUCUUGGCUAAGGUGUCUUGGCUAAUGUGUCUUGGCUAAUGUGUCUUGGCUAAUGUGUCUUGGCUAAUGUGUCUCGGCUAAAGUGUCUUGGCUAAUGUGUCUCGGCUAAUGUGUCUUGGCUAAGGUGCCUUAGCAAAGGUGUCUUGGCUAAUGUGUCUUGGCUAAGGUGUCUUGGCUAAGGUGUCUUGGCUAAUGUGUCUUGGCUAAUGUGUCUUGGCUAAGGUGUCUUGGCUAAGGUGUCUUGGCUAAUGUGUCUUGGCUAAUGUGUCUCGGCUAAUGUGUCUUGGCUAAUGUGUCUUGGCUAAUGUGUCUUGGAUAAUGUGUCUUGGAUAAUGUGUCUUGGCUAAGGUGUCUUGGCUAAUGUGUCUUGGCUAAUGUGUCUUAGCUAAUGUAGAUUUGCUAAUGUGUCUUGGCUGAUGUGUCUUGGCUAAUGUGUCUUGGCUAAUGUGUCUUGGCUAAUGUGUCUUGGCUAAUGUGUCUUGGCUAAUGUGUCUUGGCUAAGGUGUCUUGACUAAUGUGUCUCGGCUAAUGUGUCUUGGCUAAUGUGUCUCGGCUAAUGUGUCUUGGCUAAGGUGUCUUGGCUAAUGUGUCUUGGCUAAGGUGUCUUGGCUAAUGUGUCUUGGCUAAUGUGUUUUAGCUAAUGUGUCUUGGCUAAGGUGUCUUGGCUCAGGUGUCUUGGCUAAUGUGUCUUGGCUAAGGUGUCUUGGCUAAUGUGUCUCGGCUAAAGUGUCUUGGCUAAGGUGUCUUGGCUAAUGUGUCUUGGCUAAGAAGUCUUUACUAAUGUGUCUUGGCUAAGGUGUCUUGGCUAAGGUGUCUUGGCUAAUGUGUCUUGACUAAGGUGUCUUGGCUAAGGUGUCUUGGCUAAGGUGUCUUGGCUAAUGUGUCUCGGCUAAUGUGUCUUGGCUAAUGUGUCUUGGCUAAUGUGUCUUGGCUAAUGUGUCUUGGCUAAUGUGUCUCGGCUAAUGAGUCUUGGCUAAUGUGUCUUGGCUAAGGUGUCUUGGCUAAUGUGUCUUGGCUAAUGUGUCUCGGCUAAUGUGUCUUGGCUAAUGUGUCUCGGCUAAUGUGUCUUGGCUAAUGUGUCUUGGCUAAGGUGUCUUGCCUAAGGUGUCUUGGCUAAUGUGUCUUGGCUAAUGUGUCUUGGCUAAUGUGUCUUGGCUAAUGUGUCUUGGCUAAGGUGUCUUGGCUAAUGUGUCUCGGCUAAUGUGUCUUUGCUAAUGUGUCUCGGCUAAUGUGUCUUGGCUAAUGUGUCUUGGCUAAUGUGUCUUGGCUAAUGUGUCUUGGCUAAUGUGUCUCGGCUAAUGUGUCUUGGCUAAUGUGUCUUGGCUAAUGUGUCUUGGCUAAGGUGUCUUGGCUAAUGUGUCUUGGCUAAUGUGUCUUGGCUAAUGUGUCUUGGCUAAUGUGUCUUGGGUAUUGUGUCUUGGCUAAUGUGUCUUGGCUAAUGUGUCUUGGCUAAUGUGUCUUGGCUAAUGUGUCUUGGCUAAGGUGUCUUGGCUAAUGUGUCUCGGCUAAUGUGUCUUGGCUAAUGUGUCUAGGCUAAUGUGUCUUGGCUAAUGUGUCUUGGCUAAUGUGUCUUGGCUAAUGUGUCUCGGCUAAUGUGUCUAAGCGAAGGUGUCUUGGCUAAGGUGUCUUGGCUAAGGUGUCUUGGCUAAUGUGUCUUGGCUAAUGUGUCUUGGCUAAUGUGUCUUGGCUAAUGUGUCUCGGCUAAUGUGUCUUGGCUAAUGUGUCUUGGCUAAUGUGUCUUGGCUAAUGUGUCUUGGCUAAUGUGUCUCGGCUAAUGUGUCUUGGCUAAUGUGUCUUGGCUAAUGUGUCUUGGAUAAUGUGUCUUGGAUAAUGUGUCUUGGCUAAGGUGUCUUGGCUAAUGUGUCUUGGCUAAUGUGUCUUAGCUAAUGUAGAUUUGCUAAUGUGUCUUGGCUGAUGUGUCUUGGCUAAUGUGUCUUGGCUAAUGUGUCUUGGCUAAUGUGUCUUGGCUAAUGUGUCUUGGCUAAUGUGUCUUGGCUAAGGUGUCUUGACUAAUGUGUCUCGGCUAAUGUGUCUUGGCUAAUGUGUCUCGGCUAAUGUGUCUUGGCUAAGGUGUCUUGGCUAAUGUGUCUUGGCUAAGGUGUCUUGGCUAAUGUGUCUUGGCUAAUGUGUUUUAGCUAAUGUGUCUUGGCUAAUGUGUCUCGGCUAAAGUGUCUUGGCUAAUGUGUCUCGGCUAAUGUGUCUUGGCUAAGGUGCCUUAGCAAAGGUGUCUUGGCUAAUGUGUCUUGGCUAAGGUGUCUUGGCUAAGGUGUCUUGGCUAAGGUGUCUUGGCUAAUGUGUCUUGGCUAAUGUGUCUUGGCUAAGGUGUCUUGGCUAAGGUGUCUUGGCUAAUGUGUCUUGGCUAAUGUGUCUCGGCUAAUGUGUCUUGGCUAAUGUGUCUUGGCUAAUGUGUCUUGGAUAAUGUGUUUUGGAUAAUGUGUCUUGGCUAAGGUGUCUUGGCUAAUGUGUCUUGGCUAAUGUGUCUUAGCUAAUGUAGAUUUGCUAAUGUGUCUUGGCUAAUGUGUCUUGGCUAAUGUGUCUUGGCUAAUGUGUCUUGGCUAAUGUGUCUUGGCUAAUGUGUCUUGGCUAAGGUGUCUUGACUAAUGUGUCUCGGCUAAUGUGUCUUGGCUAAUGUGUCUCGGCUAAUGUGUCUUGGCUAAGGUGUCUUGGCUAAUGUGUCUUGGCUAAGGUGUCUUGGCUAAUGUGUCUUGGCUAAUGUGUUUUAGCUAAUGUGUCUUGGCUAAGGUGUCUUGGCUCAGGUGUCUUGGCUAAUGUGUCUUGGCUAAGGUGUCUUGGCUAAUGUGUCUCGGCUAAAGUGUCUUGGCUAAGGUGUCUUGGCUAAUGUGUCUUGGCUAAGAAGUCUUUACUAAUGUGUCUUGGCUAAGGUGUCUUGGCUAAGGUGUCUUGGCUAAUGUGUCUUGACUAAGGUGUCUUGGCUAAGGUGUCUUGGCUAAGGUGUCUUGGCUAAUGUGUCUCGGCUAAUGUGUCUUGGCUAAUGUGUCUUGGCUAAUGUGUCUUGGCUAAUGUGUCUUGGCUAAUGUGUCUCGGCUAAUGAGUCUUGGCUAAUGUGUCUUGGCUAAGGUGUCUUGGCUAAUGUGUCUUGGCUAAGAAGUCUUUACUAAUGUGUCUUGGCUAAGGUGUCUUGGCUAAGGUGUCUUGGCUAAUGUGUCUUGGCUAAGGUGUCUUGGCUAAGGUGUCUUGGCUAAGGUGUCUUGGCUAAUGUGUCUCGGCUAAUGUGUCUUGGCUAAUGUGUCUUGGCUAAUGUGUCUUGGCUAAUGUGUCUUGGCUAAUGUGUCUCGGCUAAUGUGUCUUGGCAAAUGUGUCUUGGCUAAGGUGUCUUGGCUAAUGUGUCUUGGCUAAUGUGUCUCGGCUAAUGUUUCUUGGCUAAUGUCUCUCGGCUAAUGUGUCUUGGCUAAUGUGUCUUGGCUAAGGUGUCUUGCCUAAGGUGUCUUGGCUAAUGUGUCUUGGCUAAUGUGUCUUGGCUAAUGUGUCUUGGCUAAGGUGUCUUGCCUAAUGUGUCUCGGCCAAUGUGUCUUGGCUAAUGUGUCUCGGCUAAUGUGUCUUGGCUAAUGUGUUUUGGCUAAUGUGUCUUGGCUAACGUGUCUUGGCUAAUGUGUCUUGGCUAAUGUGUCUUGGCUAAGGUGUCUUGGCUAAUGUGUCUCGGCUAAUGUGUCUUGGCUAAUGUGUCUCGGCUAAUGUGUCUUGGCUAAUGUGUCUUGGCUAAUGUGUCUUGGCUAAUGUGUCUUGGCUAAUGUGUCUUUUCUAAGGUGUCUUGGCUAAUGUGUCUUGGCUAAUGUGUCUUGGCUAAUGUGUCUUGGCUAAUGUAUCUUGGCUAAUGUCUCUCGGCUAAUGUGUCUUGGCUAAUGUGUCUUGGCUAAGGUGUCUUGCCUAAGGUGUCUUGGCUAAUGUGUCUUGUCUAAUGUGUUUUAGCUAAUGUGUCUUGGCUAAUGUGUCUUGGCUAAAGCGUCUUGGCUAAUGUGUCUUGGCUAAUGUGUCUUGGCUAAGGUGCCUUGGCAAAGGUGUCUUGGCUAAGGUGUUUUGGCUAAGGUGUCUUGGCUAAGGUGUCUUGGCUAAGGUGUCUUGACUAAUGUGUCUUUUCUAAAGUGUCUUGGCUAAGGUGUCUUGGCUAAUGUGUCUUGGCUAAGGUGUCUUGGCUCAGGUGUCCUGGCUAAUGUGUCUUGGCUAAGGUGUCUUGGCUAAGGUGUCUUGGCUAAUGUGUCUCGGCUAAAGUGUCUUGGCUAAGGUGUCUUGGCUAAUGUGUCUUGGCUAAGAAGUCUUUACUAAGGUGUCUUGGCUAAGGUGUCUUGGCUAAUGUGUCUUGGCUAAUGUGUCUUGGCUAAGGUGUCUUGGCUAAUGUGUCUUGGCUAAGGUGUCUUGGCUAAUGUGUCUCGGCUAAUGUGUCUUGGCUAAUGUGUCUUGGCUAAUGUGUCUUGGCUAAUGUGUCUUGGCUAAUGUGUCUUUUCUAAGGUGUCUUGGCUAAGGUGUCUUGGCUAAGGUGUCUUGGCUAAGGUGUCUUGGCUAAUGUGUCUCGGCUAAUGUGUCUUGGCUAAUGUGUCUUGGCUAAUGUGUCUUGGCUAAUGUGUCUUGGCUAAUGUGUCUCGGCUAAUGUGUCUUGGCAAAUGUGUCUUGGCUAAGGUGUCUUGGCUAAUGUGUCUUGGCUAAUGUGUCUCGGCUAAUGUUUCUUGGCUAAUGUCUCUCGGCUAAUGUGUCUUGGCUAAUGUGUCUUGGCUAAGGUGUCUUGCCUAAGGUGUCUUGGCUAAUGUGUCUUGUCUAAUGUGUUUUAGCUAAUGUGUCUUGGCUAAUGUGUCUUGGCUAAAGUGUCUUGGCUAAUGUGUCUUGGCUAAUGUGUCUUGGCUAAUGUGUCUUGGCUAAGGUGUCUUGGCUAAGGUGUUUUGGCUAAGGUGUCUUGGCUAAGGUGUCUUGGCUAAGGUGUCUUGACUAAUGUGUCUUUUCUAAGGUGUCUUGGCUAAGGUGUCUUGGCUAAUGUGUCUUGGCUAAGGUGUCUUGGCUCAGGUGUCUUGGCUAAUGUGUCUUGGCUAAGGUGUCUUGGCUAAGGUGUCUUGGCUAAUGUGUCUUGGCUAAGGUGUCUUGGCUAAUGUGUCUUGGCUAAUGUGUCUUGGCUAAUGUGUCUUGGCUAAGGUGUCUUGGCUAAGGUGUCUUGGCUAAGGUGUCUUGGCUAAUGUGUCUUGGCUAAGGUGUCUUGGCUAAGGUGUCUUGGCUAAGGUGUCUUGGCUAAUGUGUCUUGGCUAAUGUGUCUUGGCUAAUGUGUCUUGGCUAAUGUGUCUUGGCUAAUGUGUCUCGGCUAAUGUGUCUUGGCUAAUGUGUCUUGGCUAAGGUGUCUUGGCUAAUGUGUCUUGGCUAAUGUGUCUCGGCUAAUGUUUCUUGGCUAAUGUGUCUCGGCUAAUGUGUCUUGGCUAAUGUGUCUUGGCUAAGGUGUCUUGCCUAAGGUGUCUUGGCUAAUGUGUCUUGGCUAAUGUGUCUUGGCUAAUGUGUCUUGGCUAAGGUGUCUUGCCUAAUGUGUCUCGGCUAAUGUGUCUUGGCUAAUGUGUCUUGGCUAAUGUGUCUUGGCUAAUGUGUCUUGGCUAAUGUGGCUUGGCUAAGGUGUCUUGGCUAAUGUGUCUCGGCUAAUGUGUCUUGGCUAAUGUGUCUCGGCUAAUGUGUCUUGGCUGAUGUGUCUUGGCUAAUGUGUCUUGGCUAAUGUGUCUUGGCUAAGGUGUCUUGGCUAAUGUGUCUUGGCUAAUGUGUCUUGGCUAAUGUGUCUUGGCUAAGGUGUCUUGGCUAAUGUGUCUUGGCUAAUGUGUCUUGGCUAAUGUGUCUCGGCUAAUGUGUCUUGGCUGAUGUGUCUUGGCUAAUGUGUCUUGGCUAAUGUGUCUUGGCUAAUGUGUCUUGGCUAAGGUGUCUUGGCUAAUGUGUCUUGGCUAAGGUGUCUUGGCUAAUGUGUCUUGGCUAAUGUGUCUCGGCUAAUGUGUCUUGGCUAAUGUGUCUUGGCUAAUGUGUCUUGGCUAAUGUGUCUUGGCUAAUGUGUCUUUUCUAAGGUGUCUUGGCUAAUGUGUCUUGGCUAAUGUGUCUUAGCUAAUGUAGAUUGGCUAAGGUGUCUUGGCUAAGGUGUCUUGGCUAAUGUGUCUUAGCUAAUGUGUCUUGGCUAAUGUGUCUUAGCUAAUGUGUCUUGGCUAAGGUGUCUUGGCUAAGGUGUCUUGACUAAUGUGUCUCGGCUAAUGUGUCUUGGCUAAGGUGUCUCGGAUAAUGUGUCUUGGCUAAGGUGUCUUGGCUAAUGUGUCUUGGCUAAGGUGUCUUGGCUAAUGUGUCUUGUCUAAUGUGUUUUAGCUAAUGUGUCUUGGCUAAUGUGUCUUGGCUAAGGUGUCUCGGAUAAUGUGUCUUGGCUAAUGUGUCUCGGCUAAUGUGUCUUGGCUAAUGUGUCUUGGCUAAGGUGUCUUGCCUAAUGUGUCUCGGCUAAUGUGUCUUGGCUAAUGUGUCUCGGCUAAUGUGUCUUGGCUAAUGUGUCUUGGCUAAUGUGUCUUGGCUAAUGUGUCUUGGCUAAUGUGUCUUGGCUAAUGUGUCUCGGCUAAUGUGUCUUGGCUAAUGUGUCUCGGCUUAUGUGUCUUGGCUAAUGUGUCUUGGUUAAGGUGUCUUGGCUAAGGUGUCUUGGCUAAUGUGUCUUGGCUAAUGUGUCUUGGCUAAUGUGUCUUGGCUAAGGUGUCUUGGCUAAAGUGUCUUGGCUAAGGUGUCUUGGCUAAGUUGUCUUGGCUAAGGUGUCUUGGCUAAUGUGUCUUGGCUAAGAUGUCUUGGCUAAGGUGUCUUGGCUAAUGUGUCUUGGCUAAUGUGUAUCGGCUAAUGUGUCUCGGCUAAUGUGUCUUGGCUAAGGUGUCUUGGCUAAUGUGUCUUGGCUAAGGUGUCUUGGCUAAGGUGUCUCGGCUAAUGUGUCUUGGCUAAGGUGUCUUGGCUUAUGUUUCUUGGCUAAGGUGUCUUGGCUAAUGUGUCUUGGCUAAUGUGUCUUGGCUAAUGUGUCUUGGCUAAGGUGUCUUGGCUAAUGUGUCUUGGCUAAUGUGUCUUGGCUAAUGUGUCUUGGCUAAGGAGUCUUGGCUAAUGUGUCUUGGCUAAUGUGUCUUGGCUAAGGUGUCUCGGCUAAUGUGUCUUGGCUAAUGUGUCUUGGCUAAUGUGUCUUUGAUAAGGUGUCUUUUCUAAGGUGUCUUGGCUAAGGUGUCUUGGCUAAUGUGUCUUGGCUAAUGUGUCUUGGCUAAGGUGUCUUGGCUAAUGUGUCUUGGCUAAGGUGUCUUGGCUAAUGUGUCUUGGCUAAUGUGUCUUGGCUAAUGUGUCUUGGCUAAUGUGUCUUGGCUAAGGUGUCUUGGCUAAUGUGUUUCAGCUAAUGUGUCUUGGCUAAUGUGUCUUGGCUAAGGUGUCUUGGCUAAGGUGUCUUGGCUAAUGUGUCUUGGCUAAUGUGUCUCGGCUAAGGUGUCUUGGAUAAUCUGUCUUGGCUAAGGUGUCUUGGCUAAUGUGUUUCGGCUAAUGUGUCUUGGCUAAUGUGUCUUGGCUAAGGUGUCUUGGCUAAGGUGUCUCGGCUAAUGUGUCUUGGCUAAGGUGUCUUGGCUAAUGUGUCUUGGCUAAGGUGUCUUGGCUAAUGUGUCUUGGCUAAUGUGUCUUGGCUAAUGUGUCUUGGCUAAUGUGUCUUGGCUAAUGUGUCUUGGCUAAGGUGUCUUGGCUAAUUUGUUUCGGCUAAUGUGUCUUGGCUAAUGUGUCUUGGCUAAGGUGUCUUGGCUAAGGUGUCUUGGCUAAUGUGUCUUGGCUAAUGUGUCUUGGCUAAUGUGUCUUGGCUAAUGUGUCUUGGCUAAGGUGUCUUGGCUAAUGUGUUUCGGCUAAUGUGUCUUGGCUAAUGUGUCUUGGCUAAGGUGUCUUGGCUAAGGUGUCUCGGCUAAUGUGUCUUGGCUAAGGUGUCUUGGCUUAUGUUUCUUGGCUAAGGUGUCUUGGCUAAUGUGUCUUGGCUAAUGUGUCUUGGCUAAUGUGUCUUGGCUAAGGUGUCUUGGCUAAUGUGUCUUGGCUAAUGUGUCUUGGCUAAUGUGUCUUGGCUAAGGUGUCUUGGCUAAUGUGUCUUGGCUAAUGUGUCUUGGCUAAGGUGUCUCGGCUAAUGUGUCUUGGCUAAUGUGUCUUGGCUAAUGUGUCUUUGCUAAGGUGUCUUUUCUAAGGUGUCUUGGCUAAGGUGUCUUGGCUAAGGUGUCUUGGCUAAUGUGUCUUGGCUAAGGUGUCUUGGCUAAUGUGUCUUGGCUAAGGUGUCUUGGCUAAUGUGUCUUGGCUAAUGUGUCUUGGCUAAUGUGUCUUGGCUAAUGUGUCUUGGCUAAGGUGUCUUGGCUAAUGUGUCUUGGCUAAUGUGUCUUGGCUAAUGUGUAUCGGCUAAUGUGUCUCGGCUAAUGUGUCUUGGCUAAGGUGUCUUGGCUAAUGUGUCUUGGCUAAUGUGUCUUGGCUAAGGUGUCUCGGCUAAUGUGUCUUGGCUAAGGUGUCUUGGCUAAUGUUUCUUGGCUAAGGUGUCUUGGCUAAGGUGUCUGGGCUAAUGUGUCUUGGCUUAUGUGUCUUGGCUAAUGUGUCUUGGCUAAGGUGUCUUGGCUAAUGUGUUUCGGCUAAUGUGUCUCGGCUAAUGUGUCUUGGCUAAUGUGUCUUGGCUAAUGUGUCUUGGCUAAUGUGUCUUGGCUAAUUUGUCUUGGCUAAGGUGUCUCGGCUAAUGUGUCUUGGCUAAUGUGUCUUGGCUAAUUUGUCUUUGCUAAGGUGUCUUGGCUAAGGUGUGUUGGCUAAUGUGUCUUGGCUAAGGUGUCUUGGCUAAGGUGUCUUGGCUAAGGUGUCUUGGCUAAGGUGUCUUGGCUAAUCUGUUUCGGCUAAUGUGUCUUGGCUAAGGUGUCUUGGCUAAUGUGUCUUGGCUAAUGUGUCUUGGCUAAUGUGUCUUGGCUAAUGUGUCUUGGCUAAUGUGUCUUGGCUAAGGUGUCUUGGCUAAUGUGUCUUGGCUAAGGUGUCUUGGCUAAUGUGUCUUGGCUAAGGUGUUGUUGCGAAUAAAGCUAGCCGCGCGAUGUUUUAGGUAAGAUUCUACCUAAACUCAAACUAGAUAAAGAACUCGAUCAUACGGUUUAAAGGACUAGCUUAAGAAGAGAAGCGGGCGAUAUAAACACAGUGCGUAGGCCACGUGAAAAGGAUAGGUCAGGACGAAUAGGAAGUAGGAAAAAAGCUUUCUUUCCAAAAGACGAAGCGAACGCGGCAGGUCGGAAGAGGAUACAAAUCUUUGAUUGUUAUAAAUAAAUCCAAAGAGUAUUAAAUCAAGCCGCGUAAAUUUUGUGGUAGUCGCCACAGUUUCAUCAAAGAUUUCUCUUUUCUCUUCAAACUACAAAUAUCAUCAUUUGCUGAGCGAUCGAGCACGCUAAAAGGGUAGGGUGAAAAGGCAAGGCGAUCGAGCAACGAAGCAUAGGACCAGCAAAGUUAACCGAUCCCAGUAAUCACCGAACAAGCGGCGAUCCAGCGAAACAGGACGUUGAAUUUGUAGGAGAAAACAAACCCAUGGAAGGCAAGGAUCAAGCCAGAGAGAGCGAGACGCCGAAAGGUAAGAGCGUUUCAUCGAUGGUUGAGCAAGUAGAGGAACGAGCGGGGGCAUCCCAAGCGCCGGAAUCGAAGCCUCAAGUGGCGCAGGCGUCAGGGCGUAAACGAGCCGUCGCUCGUAAAACGAAUGAGCUUACUAUAGGAGAUAAGCGAGAAGAAGAAGAAAAAGAUUUACGCGCGUUACAGUUGCAGCAUGAGCGACAGAUGCGUGAGAUAGAGUUGGCACACGAGAGAGAGAUGGCCGAGAUGCGAUUUGAAUUCGAACGUAAAAGUGCGAUAGCAAAACGAUCAUCGCGAGAACGUGUUACCAGUGAACGUAGUGACUCUUCCGAAGGAGAAGAAGAAGAAGAGGAAGAAGAAGGAAGAAGAGAAAAGGUGAACGUGCGUAAAAGUUCAAAAAUACUAAGUCGGAGUCAAGUGCAAGCCAGGAAGUUUAUGUCAAAAAGUCUUCCAAGCUUUGAUGGGAAACUCGAAAAUUGGCCGUUGUUCUAUAACAGCUACAAAGACACAACUGAAGAAUCCGGUUACUCGCACCUUGAAAAUCUACAACGACUAAGAGAAUGUUUAAAAGGUGACGCAUUAGAAGCGGUAAGAAGCCGUUUGCUAGAACCCAAAUCAGUUCCCGGUGUAAUAGAAGACCUGCGCUGUUUAUUCGGUAGGCCAGAAAGGCUGCUAAAAUCGUUGCUAACUAAAGUGCGAAAUACACCACCGCCCGACGCCAACAAACUUGUAACGUUUAUAACAUUCGGAAUCGCGGUUAAACAAUUGUGCGAUCAUCUAAGGGCAGCGCAAUUAGAAGAGCACCUAAAUAAUCCGCUCUUGGUAGAUGAGCUUGUAGAGAAGCUUCCUGCUGACUAUCAGAUGCAGUGGGUACGAUACAAACGUUACAAUUGUGGAAGGGUAUUAGGCGUGUUUGCGAACUUCAUCGAUGAAAUUAUGACCGAUGCGUCGGAAGUGGCAAAGUUCGAAGAAAAAAAGGAUGAAAGGCAUAGAACACAUAAACGGCAAGUGCAAGCAAACUCUGAGAUGACAGACCAGUCCGCGAAGAUGAAAACAUGCUGGAUGUGCAAGAGUGAGCAACAUAGGGUGCGUGAUUGUGACAAGUUUAAAAGCAAUGCGGUUUCAGGACGACUAGAGCUAGUAUCGAAGCUGAACCUAUGUAAAUCAUGCCUUAACAGCCAUAAAGGAACAUGCCGAUUCACCAAAAGAUGCACCUUUGACAACUGUAAUGAAGAACAUCAUCCAUUAUUGCACCAACAAAAAGCAGAGAAUGCAAAUGAAGGAUGUAAUGCUCAUAGAGACACAAGAAAGGAGACGAUUUUAAGAGUGGUAGCAGUGACACUACGUUCAGGUGACAUAUCAUACGAUACAACGGCGUUUUUAGAUGAAGGGUCGUCGGUGACGAUGUUAGAAGACGGCGUUGCAGAUAAGCUACAAGUGAAAGGCGAUCACGAACCAUUUACCAUCUCGUGGACAGCUGAAAUGACACGUCGUGAAGAGAACUCGAGGAAAGUGAAUAUUCUGCUUUCGGCUACAGGAUCGCCCGAGCAGUUUGAGCUACGAGGAAUACGCACGGUGUCAAAACUCGUGAUACCCAAGCAAGAAUUAUCGCUCACGAAGGUUAAAGCGCAAUAUGAGCAUCUUAAAGAUAUUCCUAUUCAAGACAAAUGCGCGAAAGUUCCUAGAAUGCUCAUAGGUUUGGACCAUCUGCAUUUAUUUGCCCCAAUCGAAUCCCGGAUAGGUCAGCCUAAUGAACCUAUAGGUGUGAAAACAAAACUAGGCUGGACAAUCUACGGACCAAAACCAGAAAAGAAACCACAAGUCGAAUAUAUACAUUUCCACACGACCGGUCAAAUCUCGAAUGAAAAGUUGCAUGACGUGAUACGAGAUUGUUACAGAAUCGAAGAAAGCGGAAUUUCAUCGGCGCGUGCAGUAGAAUCAGACGACGAUAGAAGAGCGCGUGAUCUAUUAGAAUCGACAACAACUAGAAUCGGAGAACGAUUUAAAACAGGUCUACUGUGGAAAAAUGAUGAAAGAAAGUUUCCUGAAAGCUUCACGAUGGCUAAACGGCGACUGGCUGGACUAGAACGCAAACUAAUGAAAGAUUCACAACUAGAACGAGCUGUGCGCAAACUGAUUGAUGAAUAUAUAACGAAGGAGUACGCGCAUAAGAUCACGAAAAACGAACUUGAAGAAACCCCAGCAAGCAGUGUGUGGUACCUUCCCCUGAAUGUAGUCCAGAAUCCUCGCAAGCCAGGGAAAAUAAGAUUGGUGUGGGAUGCAGCGGCAACAGUUCGAGGCGUGAGCUUGAAUUCGGAAUUACUAAAAGGGCCCGACAUGUUGUGUUCACUACCAUCCGUGAUUUUCCCCUUCCGUGAACGACGUAUUGGAUUCGGUGGUGACAUUAAAGAGAUGUACCACCAAAUCAAAAUCAGCGAAGAAGACAAACAGGCACAGAGGUUCCUGUUCACAGCUGGUAGUGGAGAAACAGACCCGCAAAUUUUCGUGAUGGACGUGGCGACUUUCGGAGCAACGUGUUCCCCUUGUAGUGCGCAAUACGUAAAAAACCUAAACGCGGAGCAACAUCGGGAGCAAUAUCCAGAGGCUUGUGCAGCAAUACAACUUCGUCAUUACGUUGACGACUAUUUCGACAGUGCCGAUACCGUAGAUGAAGCGUUGAAACUAGCGAAGGAUGUAAAAUACGUUCACUCGAGAGGAGGUUUUCUAAUUAGAAACUGGGUGAGCAACGCGGAAACGUUCUGUACGGACAUGGGUGAGGAAACGGCUAAAUCAAUGAUCCAUCUAAGUGACAAAUCCGGCGAAAACGCAUCUGAUCGUGUUCUAGGUAUGAUAUGGGAAGUGAAAAGUGAUUGCUUUAGGUUUGCAACCCCUCAAAUCAUGAAACGAGACGAACAUCCUACAAAGCGUAACGUGUUAGCAUAUGUUAUGUCUAUAUUCGAUCCAAUCGGACUCUUAUCACCACUUACCAUUUUAGGAAAAAUGUUGGUACAGGAUUUGUGGAGAACCGGGUGUACUUGGGACGAGGACAUUAACGAUGAAGAAUACAAAAAAUGGCAAUUAUGGAAAGAGCAGAUGAAUGCUAUCGAAGACGUGAAGAUUCCGCGAUCUUACUUUGGUAAUGCAGUGUCACGCGAAUUAGCCGAAAUACAACUUCAUGUGUUUGCUGAUGCAAGUGAAAACGCGUAUGGUUGCGUCGCGUAUUUUCGAGUCGCGAUAUUAAACGAAGUUCGUUGUGCUUUAGUGAUGAGUCGUACAAAAGUGGCCCCUUUGAAACAGCUAACCAUUCCUCGCAUGGAACUACAGGCAGCGUUAUUAGGCGCUAGGCUAGCAAAUACGGUGAAAAAUAAUCACAGGUACUCAAUAGCGAAACAAUACUUUUGGAGUGACAGUCAAACCGUGUUAUCGUGGAUAAGAUCCAACCAGCGUAAAUACAAGCCUUUCGUGGCAUUUCGUGUAGGAGAAAUACUAGAAUUAUCUUCAGUGGUAGACUGGAAAUGGGUUCCUACGGAAGAAAACGUCGCGGACGUGCUGACUAAGAAAAUUUCGGGAUGUUUCGAAAAGGAAAGUGCAUGGAUUAAAGGACCAAAGUUUCUCUACCAACCUGAAUCGGAUUGGCCGCAACAACCGAAAUUAUCUACAGAUAUCAAAGAGGAGUUACGAGCAACUCAUAUGUUCCAUGAUGUGCGACUACAAGAAUCAUUUGAAGUUGUAACGAGAGUUUCGAAAUGGACAGUUAUGGUACGCGUGGUGGCUUGUGCAAUUCGAUUUAUAUCUAACUUAAAAAGAAGGAGAGCUGGUUACAAUAUCGAAUGUAUUAAACCAACAAAGUCUAUGGAGAAAAUAUUGGACAUUGUACAGGAAAACGCAAGAACUAGGAUACAAAAGAAGGACUUAAAAACAGAUGUGAAAUUCAUACGGGUUCCGUUGAAACAGGAGGAGUAUCAGAAGGCGGAAUGUUUCCUACUUAAGAUUGCUCAAGCAGAAGCUUAUGCAGAUGAACUCAAAGGGCUCGUCAAGAACCAGGAUAAACCAUCAGAUCAGUGGUAUGCGUUGGAGAAAAGUAGUGAAAUUUACCGUUUGACGCCACUCUUAGAUGAAAACGGAAUAAUGCGAAUGGAUGGUAGGACGAAAGCAGCGGAAACUUUGCCGUUCGAUUUAAGGUUUCCUAUCAUAUUACCUAGAGGACAUGAAGUUACGAGGAAAAUUAUACAACAUUACCACGUGAAAAACGGACACGCAUUUCGCGAAACAGUGAAGAACGAGUUAAGGCAACGGUUCUACAUCGAACAUUUGAAUGCGGAAGUUAGGAAAGUCAUCAGUGUCUGCGCGUGGUGUAAAGUGAAUAAAAAUCGUCCUACUGUACCCAGGAUGGCACCCUUGCCAAUUGAAAGGCUGAGUCACCACCAACGCCCGUUUAGUUGCGUAGGCGUUGACUAUUUUGGGCCCAUAGAUGUGGUAGUAGGGCGCAGCAGACAAAAAAGGUGGAUAGUCUUAUUCACUUGUUUGGUGGUUCGUGCAGUCCAUUUGGAGAUCGCUCACGAUUUGAGCACUUCGGCAUGCUUGAUGGCUAUCCGGAGAUUCGUGUGUCGUCGAGGACCGCCUAUGGAGUUUAUUUCGGAUAACGGUACCAACUUGAAAGCCGCCAGCAAGGAAAUCGUACAAAAAAUCCGCGAUAUCGAGGAAGAAUGCGCGGAAGAAGUCACGAGCGCUCACACAAGCUGGCGAUUUAUUCCACCCGGAACUCCACAUAUGGGUGGCGCAUGGGAGCGGCUAGUUAGAACCGUGAAGGAAGCUCUUGGGGUGUUGGUAAGUGGCGUAAGACUAACAGACGAAGUCCUUUUAACUUCCGUUUUAGAAGCAGAAGAUUUGGUAAACUCUUGCCCGCUCGUAUACGUGGCUGAUGACACAGUGGAUUCGUUGACACCAAACCACUUCUUACGAGGCGUAUCUCCAAAUGAGCCCCAGCUUCUACCGCCAGUUCCACAUGCAGCGGAAGCCCUUCGUGACAACUAUAAACGCUCUCAGUUGCUAGCAGAGGAAAUGUGGCAGCGAUGGAUAAAGGAGUAUGUGACGAAGCUAAAUGACCGGACUAAAUGGAUUGAUGAAUCGAAACCGUUGAAAGUGGGCGACCUUGUGUAUGUAGUGGACGGUAAAAAUAGAAAGUUGUGGGUUAGAGGGAUUGUAGAAGACACGAUCAUAUCAAACGACGGAAGAUGUAGACAGGCCUGGGUGAAAACGAAAAGUGGAUUGUUUAAAAGGGCAACGUCAAAGCUAGCAGUUCUUGAGAUAGGAGGUAACACUUGCUCGACCUAAGCGAUAGACCAAGGUUACGGGUAGGGGUGUUGCGAACAAAGCUAGCCGCGCGAUGUUUUAGGUAAGAUUCUACCUAAACUCAAACUAGAUAAAGAACUCGAUCAUACGGUUUAAAGGACUAGCUUAAGAAGAGAAGCGGGCGAUAUAAACACAGUGCGUAGGCCACGUGAAAAGGAUAGGUCAGGACGAAUAGGAAGUAGGAAAAAAGCUUUCUUUCCAAAAGACGAAGCGAACGCGGCAGGUCGGAAGAGGAUACAAAUCUUUGAUUGUUAUAAAUAAAUCCAAAGAGUAUUAAAUCAAGCCGCGUAAAUUUUGUGGUAGUCGCCACAGGUGUCUUGGCUAAGGUGUCUUGGCUAAUGUGUCUUGGCUAAUGUGUCUUUGCUAAUGUGUCUUGGUUAAUGUGUCUUGGCUAAGGUGUCUUGGCUAAUGUGUCUUGGCUAAGGUGUCUUGGCUAAAGUGUCUUGGCUAAUGUGUCUUGGCUAAGGUGUCUUGGCUAAUGUGUCUUGGCUAAUGUGUCUUGGCUAAGGUGUCUUGGCUAAUGUGUCUUGGCUUAUAUAUCUUGGCUAAUGUGUUUUGGCUAAUGUGUCUUGGCUAAGGUGUCUUGGCUAAUGUGUCUUGGCUAAUGUGUCUUGGCUAAGGUGUCUUGGCUAAUGUGUCUUGGCUAAUGUGUCUUGGCUAAUGUGUCUUGGCUAAGGUGUCUUGGCUAAUGUGUCUUGGCUAAUGUGUCUUGGCUAAGGUGUCUUGGCUAAAGUCUCUUGGCUAAUGUGUCUUGGCUAAGGUGUCUUGGCUAAUGUGUCUUGGCUAAUGUGUCUUGGCUAAUGUGUAUCGGCUAAUGUGUCUCGGCUAAUGUGUCUUGGCUAAGGUGUCUUGGCUAAUGUGUCUUGGCUAAUGUGUCUUGGCUAAGGUGUCUUGGCUAAUGUGUCUUGGCUAAGGUGUCUUGGCUAAUGUGUCUUGGCUAAUGUGUCUUGGCUAAGGUGUCUUGGCUAAUGUGUCUUGGCUAAUUUGUCUUGGCUAAGGUGUCUCGGCUAAUAUGUCUUGGCUAAUUUGUCUUUUCUGAGGUGUCUUGGCUAAGGUGUCUUGGCUAAGGUGUCUUGGCUAUGGUGUCUUGGCUAAGGUGUCUUGGCUAAGGUGUCUUGGCUAAGGUGUCUUGGCUAAGGUGUCUUGGCUAAGGUGUCUUGGCUAAUCUGUUUCGGCUAAUGUGUCUUGGCUAAGGUGUCUUGGCUAAUGUGUCUUGGCUAAGGUGUCUUGGCAAAUGUGUCUUGGCUAAGGUGUCUUGGCUAAGGUGUCUUGGCUAAUCUGUUUCGGCUAAUGUGUCUUGGCAAAUGUGUCUUGGCUAAGGUGUCUUGGCUAAGGUGUCUUGGCUAAUGUGUCUUGGCUAAUGUGUCUUGGCUUAUAUAUCUUGGCUAAUGUGUCUUGGCUAAUGUGUCUUGGCUAAGGUGUCUUGGCUAAUGUGUCUUGGCUAAUGUGUCUUGGCUAAGGUGUCUUGGCUAAUGUGUCUUGGCUAAUGUGUCUUUUCUAAGGUGUCUUGGCUAAGGUGUCUUGGCUAAUCUGUUUCGGCUAAUGUGUCUUGGCAAAUGUGUCUUGGCUAAGGUGUCUUGGCUAAGGUGUCUUGGCUAAGGUGUCUUGGCUAAUGUGUCUUGGCUUAUAUAUCUUGGCUAAUGUGUCUUGGCUAAGGUGUCUUGGCUAAUGUGUCUUGGCAAAUGUGUCUUGGCUAAGGUGUCUUGGCUGAGGUGUCUUGGCUAAUCUGUUUCGGCUAAUGUGUCUUGGCAAAUGUGUCUUGGCUAAGGUGUCUUGGCUAAGGUGUCUUGGCUAAGGUGUCUUGGCUAAUGUGUCUUGGCUAAUGUGUCUUGGCUAAUGUGUCUUGGCUAAUGUGUCUUGGCUAAGGUGUCUUGGCUAAUGUGUCUUGGCUAAUGUAUCUUGGCUAAUGUGUCUUGGCUAAUGUGUCUUGGCUAAUGUGUCUUGGCUAAUGUGUCUUGGCUAAGGUGUCUUGGCUAAGGUGUCUUGGCUAAUGUGUAUUGGCUAAUGUGUCUUGGCUAAGGUGUCUUGGCUAAGGUGUCUUGGCUAAUGUGUCUUGGCUAAUGUAUCUCGGCUAAUGUGUCUUUGCUAAUGUGUCUCGGCUAAUGAGUCUUUACUAAUGUGUCUUGGCUAAUGUGUCUUGGCAAAUGUGUCUUGGCUAAUGUGUCUUGGCUAAGGUGUCUUGGCUAAGGUGUCUUGGCUAAUGUGUCUUGGCUAAUGUGUCUUGGCUAAGGUGUCUUGGCUAAGGUGUCUUGGCUAAUGUGUCUUGGCUAAGGUGUCUUGGCUAAUGUGUCUUGGCUAAGGUGUCUUGGCUAAGGUGUCUUGGCUAAGGUGUCUUGGCUAAGGUGUCUUGGCUAAUGUGUCUUGGCUAAUGCGUCUUAGCUAAGGUGUCUUGGCUAAGGUGUCUUGGCUAAGGUGUCUUGGCUUAGGUGUAUUGGCUAAUGUGUCUUGGCUAAUGUGUCUUGGCUAAUGUGUCUUGGCUAAUGUGUCUUGGCUUAGGUGUCUCGGCUAAUGUGUCUUGGCUAAGGUGUCUUGGCUAAGGUGUCUUGGCUAAUGUGUCUUGGCUAAUGUAUCUCGGCUAAUGUGUCUUUGCUAAUGUGUCUCGGCUAAUGUGUCUUGGCUAAUGUGUCUUGGCUAAUGUGUCUUGGCUAAGGUGUCUUGGCUAAGGUGUCUUGGCUAAUGUGUCUUGGCUUAUGUGUCUCGGCUAAUGUGUCUUGGCUAAUGUGUCUUGGCUAAUGUGUCUUGGCUAAUGUAUCUUGGCUAAGGUGUCUUGGCUAAGGUGUCUUGGCUAAUGUGUCUUGGCUAAGGUGGCUUGGCUAAGGUGUCUCGGCUAAUGUGUCUUGGCUAAUGUGUUUAGGCUUAUGUGUCUUGGCUGAGGUGUCUUGGCUAAUGUGUCUUGGCUAAGGUGUCUUGGCUAAUGUGUCUUGGCUAAUGUGUCUUGGCUAAGGUGUCUUGGCUAAGGUGUCUUGGCUAAGGUGUCUUGUCUAAUGUGUCUUGGCUAAGGUGUCUUGGCUAAGGUGUCUUGGCUAAUGUGUCUUGGCUAAUGUGUCUUGGCUAAGGUGUCUUGGCUAAGGUGUCUUGGCUAAUGUGUCUUGGCUAAUGUGUCUUGGCUAAGGUGUCUUGGCUAAGGUGUCUUGGCUAAUGUGUCUUGGCUUAUGUGUCUCGGCUAAUGUGUCUUGGCUAAUGUGUCUUGGCUAAUGUGUCUUGGCUAAUGUGUCUUGGCUAAGGUGUCUUGGCUAAGGUGUCUUGGCUAAUGUGUCUUGGCUAAGGUGGCUUGGCUAAGGUGUCUCGGCUAAUGUGUCUUGGCUAAUGUGUUUUGGCUUAUGUGUCUUGGCUAAGGUGUCUUGGCUAUGGUGUCUUGGCUAAGGUGUCUUGGCUAAUGUGUCUUGGCUAAUGUGUCUUGGCUAAGGUGUCUUGGCUAAGGUGUCUUGGCUAAUGUGUCUUGUCUAAUGUGUCUUGGCUAAGGUGUCUUGGCUAAGGUGUCUUGGCUAAUGUGUCUUGGCUAAGGUGUCUUGGCUAAUGUGUCUUGGCUAAGGUGUCUUGGCUAAUGUGUCUUGGCUAAUGUGUCUUGGCUAAGGUGUCUUGGCUAAUGUGUCUUGGCUAAUGUGUCUUGGCUAAUGUGUCUUGGCUAAUGUGUCUUGGCUAAUGUGUCUUGGCUAAGGUGUCUCGGCUAAUGUGUCUCGGCUAAUGAGUCUUUACUAAUGUGUCUUGGCUAAUGUGUCUUGGCAAAUGUGUCUUGGCUAAUGUGUCUUGGCUAAUGUGUCUUGGCUAAGGUGUCUUGGCUAAGGUGUCUUGGCUAAUGUGUCUUGGCUAAGGUGUCUUGGCUAAUGUGUCUUGGCUAAGGUGUCUUGACUAAUGUGUCUUGGCUAAGGUGUCUUGGCUAAGGUGUCUUGGCUAAGGUGUCUUGGCUAAGGUGUCUUGGCUAAUGUGUCUUGGCUAAUGUGUCUUUGCUAAGGUGUCUUGGCUAAUGUGUCUUGGCUAAUGUGUCUUGGCUAAGGUGUCUCGGCUAAUGUGUCUCGGCUAAUGAGUCUUUACUAAUGUGUCUUGGCUAAUGUGUCUUGGCAAAUGUGUCUUGGCUAAUGUGUCUUGGCUAAGGUGUCUUGGCUAAGGUGUCUUGGCUAAUGUGUCUUGGCUAAUGUGUCUUGGCUAAGGUGUCUUGGCUAAGGUGUCUUGGCUAAUGUGUCUGGGCUUAUGUGUCUCGGCUAAUGUGUCUUGGCUAAUGUGUCUUGGCUAAUGUGUCUUGGCUAAUGUGUCUUGGCUAAGGUGUCUUGGCUAAGGUGUCUUGGCUAAUGUGUCUUGGCUAAGGUGGCUUGGCUAAGGUGUCUCGGCUAAUGUGUCUUGGCUAAUGUGUUUUGGCUUAUGUGUCUUGGCUAAGGUGUCUUGGCUAAUGUGUCUUGGCUAAGGUGUCUUGGCUAAUGUGUCUUGGCUAAUGUGUCUUGGCUAAGGUGUCUUGGCUAAGGUGUCUUGGCUAAUGUGUCUUGUCUAAUGUGUCUUGGCUAAGGUGUCUUGGCUAAGGUGUCUUGGCUAAUGUGUCUCGGCUAAGGUGUCUUGGCUAAUGUGUCUUGGCUAAGGUGUCUUGGCUAAUGUGUCUUGGCUUAUGUGUCUUGGCUAAGGUGUCUUGGCUAAUGUGUCUUGGCUAAUGUGUCUUGGCUAAUGUGUCUUGGCUAAUGUGUCUUGGCUAAUGUGUCUUGGCUAAGGUGUCUCGGCUAAUGUGUCUCGGCUAAUGAGUCUUUACUAAUGUGUCUUGGCUAAUGUGUCUUGGCAAAUGUGUCUUGGCUAAUGUGUCUUGGCUAAUGUGUCUUGGCUAAGGUGUCUUGGCUAAGGUGUCUUGGCUAAUGUGUCUUGUCUAAUGUGUCUUGGCUAAUGUGUCUCGGCUAAUGUGUCUUGGCUAAGGUGUCUUGGCUAAUGUGUCUUGGCUAAUGUGUCUCGGCUAAUGUGUCUUGGCUAAGGUGUCUUGGCUAAUGUGUCUUGGCUAAUGUGUCUUUGCUAAUGUAACUUGGCUAAGGUGUCUUGGCUAAUGUGUCUUGGCUAAGGUGUCUUAUCUAAGGUGUCUUGGCUAAUGUGUCUUGGCUAAUGUGUCUUGGCUAAGGUGUCUUGGCUAAUGUGUCUUGGCUAAUGUGUCUUGGCUUAGGUGUCUCGGCUAAUGUGUCUUGGCUAAUGUGUCUUGGCUAAGGUGUCUUGGCUAAGGUGUCUUGGCUAAUGUGUCUUGGCUAAUGUAUCUCGGCUAAUGUGUCUUUGCUAAUGUGUCUCGGCUAAUGUGUCUUGGCUAAGGUGUCUUGGCUAAGGUGUCUUGGCUAAGGUGUCUUGGCUAAGGUGUCUUGGCUAAUGUGUAUUGGCUAAUGUGUCUUGGCUAAGGUGGCUUGGCUAAGGUGUCUCGGCUAAUGUGUCUUGGCUAAUGUGUUUUGGCUUAUGUGUCUUGGCUAAGGUGUCUUGGCUAAUGUGUCUUGGCUAAGGUGUCUUGGCUAAUGUGUCUUGGCUAAUGUGUCUUGGCUAAGGUGUCUUGGCUAAGGUGUCUUGGCUAAUGUGUCUUGUCUAAUGUGUCUUGGCUAAGGUGUCUUGGCUAAGGUGUCUUGGCUAAUGUGUCUUGACUAAGGUGUCUUGGCUAAUGUGUCUUGGCUAAGGUGUCUUGGCUAAUGUGUCUUGGCUAAUGUGUCUUGGCUAAGGUGUCUUGGCUAAUGUGUCUUGGCUAAUGUGUCUUGGCUAAUGUGUCUUGGCUAAUGUGUCUUGGCUAAUGUGUCUUGGCUAAGGUGUCUCGGCUAAUGUGUCUCGGCUAAUGAGUCUUUACUAAUGUGUCUUGGCUAAUGUGUCUUGGCAAAUGUGUCUUGGCUAAUGUGUCUUGGCUAAUGUGUCUUGGCUAAGGUGUCUUGGCUAAGGUGUCUUGGCUAAUGUGUCUUGGCUAAGGUGUCUUGGCUAAUGUGUCUUGGCUAAGGUGUCUUGGCUAAUGUGUCUUGGCUAAGGUGUCUUGGCUAAGGUGUCUUGGCUAAGGUGUCUUGGCUAAGGUGUCUUGGCUAAUGUGUCUUGGCUAAUGUGUCUUUGCUAAGGUGUCUUGGCUAAUGUGUCUUGGCUAAUGUGUCUUGGCUAAGGUGUCUUGGCUAAGGUGUCUUGGCUAAUGUGUCUUGGCUUAUGUGUCUCGGCUAAUGUGUCUUGGCUAAUGUGUCUUGGCUAAUGUGUCUUGGCUAAUGUGUAUUGGCUAAGGUGUCUUGGCUAAGGUGUCUUGGCUAAUGUGUCUUGGCUAAGGUGGCUUGGCUAAGGUGUCUCGGCUAAUGUGUCUUGGCUAAUGUGUUUUGGCUUAUGUGUCUUGGCUAAGGUGUCUUGGCUAAUGUGUCUUGGCUAAGGUGUCUUGGCUAAUGUGUCUUGGCUAAUGUGUCUUGGCUUAGGUGUCUUGGCUAAGGUGUCUUGGCUAAUGUGUCUUGUCUAAUGUGUCUUGGCUAAGGUGUCUUGGCUAAGGUGUCUUGGCUAAUGUGUCUUGGCUAAGGUGUCUUGGCUAAUGUGUCUUGGCUAAGGUGUCUUGGCUAAUGUGUCUUGGCUAAUGUGUCUUGGCUAAUGUGUCUUGGCUAAUGUGUCUUGGCUAAUGUGUCUUGGCUAAGGUGUCUUGGCUAAGGUGUCUUGGCUAAUGUGUCUUGGCUAAUGUGUCUUGGCUAAGGUGUCUUGGCUAAGGUGUCUUGGCUAAUGUGUAUUGGCUAAUGUGUCUUGGCUAAUGUGUCUUGGCUAAUGUGUCUUGGCUAAGGUGUCUUGGCUAAUGUGUAUUGGCUAAUGUGUCUUGGCUAAUGUGUCUUGGCUAAUGUGUCUCGGCUAAUGUGUCUUGGCUAAGGUGUCUUGGCUAAUGUGUCUUGGCUAAUGUGUCUUGGCUAAGGUGUCUUGGCUAAUGUGUCUUGGCUAAGGUGUCUUGGCUAAUGUGUCUUGGCUAAUGUGUCUUGACUAAUGUGUCUUGGCUAAGGUGUCUUGGCUAAGGUGUCUUGGCUAAGGUGUCUUGGCUAAUGUGUCUUGGCUAAUGUGUCUUUGCUAAUGUGUCUUGGCUAAUGUGUCUUGGCUAAGGUGUCUUGGCUAAGGUGUCUUGGCUAAGGUGUCUUGGCUAAGGUGUCUUGGCUAAUGUGUCUUGGCUAAUGUGUCUUGGCUAAUGUGUCUCGGCUAAUGUGUCUUGGCUAAUGUGUCUUGGCUAAUGUGUCUUGGCUAAUGUGUCUUGGCUAAGGUGUCUUGGCUAAGGUGUCUCGGCUAAUGUGUCUUGGCUAAUGUGUUUUGGCUUAUGUGUCUUGGCUAAGGUGUCUUGGCUAAUGUGUCUUGGCUAAGGUGUCUUGGCUAAUGUGUCUUGGCUAAUGUGUCUUGGCUAAGGUGUCUUGGCUAAGGUGUCUUGGCUAAUGUGUCUUGUCUAAUGUGUCUUGGCUAAGGUGUCUUGGCUAAGGUGUCUUGGCUAAUGUGUCUUGGCUAAGGUGUCUUGGCUAAUGUGUCUUGGCUAAGGUGUCUUGGCUAAUGUGUCUUGGCUAAUGUGUCUUGGCUAAGGUGUCUUGGCUAAGGUGUCUUGGCUAAUGUGUCUUGGCUAAUGUGUCUUGGCUAAUGUGUCUUGGCUAAUGUGUCUCGGCUAAUGUGUCUUGGCUAAGGUGUCUUGGCUAAUGUGUCUUGGCUAAUGUGUCUUGACUAAUGUGUCCUGGCUAAGGUGUCUUGGCUAAUGUGUCUUGGCUAAGGUGUCUUGGCUAAGGUGUCUUGGCUUAUGUGUCUUGGCUAAGGUGUCUUGGCUUAGGUGUAUUGGCUAAUGUGUCUUGGCUAAUGUGUCUUGGUUAAUGUGUCUCGGCUAAUGUGUCUUGGCUAAUGUGUCUUGGCUAAGGAGUCUUAUCUAAUGUGUUUAGGCUAAUGUGUCUUGGCUAAUGUGUCUUGGCUAAAGUGUCUUGGCUAAUGUGUGUUGGCUAAGGUGUCUUGGCUAAUGUGUCUUGGCUAAUGUGUCUUGGCUAAGGUGUCUUGGCUAAUGUGUCUUGGCUAAUGUGUCUUGGCUAAGGUGUCUUGGCUAAGGAGUCUUAUCUAAUGUGUCUUGGCUAAUGUGUCUUGGCUAAUGUGUCUUGGCUAAUGUGUCUUGGCUAAAGUGUCUUGGCUAAUGUGUCUUGGCUAAUGUAUCUUCGCUAAUGUGUCUUGGCUAAAGUGUCUUGGCUAAUGUGUCUUGGCUAAGGUGUCUUGGCUAAUGUGUCUCGGCUAAUGUGUCUUGGCUAAGGUGUCUUGGCUAAGGUGUCUUGGCUAAUGUGUCUUGGCUAAGGUGUCUUGGCUAAGGUGUCUUGGCUAAUGUGUCUUGGCUAAGGUGUCUUGGCUAAUGUGUCUUGGCUAAGGUGUCUUGGCUAAUGUGUCUUGGCUAAUGUGUCUUGGCUAAUGUGUCUUGGCUAAUGUGUCUUGGCUAAUGUGUCUUGGCUAAGGUGUCUCGGCUAAUGUGUCUUGGCUAAUGUGUCUUGGCUAAUGUGUCUUGGCUAAUGUGUCUUGGCUAAUGUGUCUUGGCUAAGGUGUCUUGGCUAAGGUGUCUUGGCUAAUGUGUCUUGGCUAAGGUGUCUUGGCUAAGGUGUGUUGGCUAAGGUGUCUUGGCUAAUGUGUCUUGGCUAAUGUGUUUUGGCUAAGGUGUCUCGGCUAUUGUGUCUUGGCUAAAGUGUUUUGGCUAAUGUGUCUUGGCUAAAGUGUCUUUUCUUAUGUGUCUCGGCUAAUGUGUCUUUGUUAAUGUGUGUUGGCUAAUGUGUCUUGGCUAAUGUGUCUCGGCUAAUGUGUCUUGGCUAAUGUGUCUUGGCUAAUGUGUCUUGGCUAAGGUGUCUUGGCUAAUGUGUCUCGGCUAAUGUGUCUUGGCUAAGGUGUCUUGGCUAAGGUGUCUUGGCUAAUGUGUCUUGGCUAAGGUGUCUUGGCUAAUGUGUCUUGGCUAAGGUGUCUUUGCUAAUGUGUCUUGGCUAAUGUGUCUUGGCUAAUGUGUCUUGGCUUAUGUGUGUUGGCUAAGAUGUCUUGGCUAAUGUGUCUUGUCUAAUGUACCUUGGCUAAUGUGUCUUGGCUAAUGUGUCUCGGCUAAUGUGUCUUGGCUAAGGUGUCUUGGCUAAGGUGUCUUGGCUAAUGUGUCUUGGCUAAGGUGUCUUGGCUAAUGUGUCUUGGCUAAUGUGUCUUGGCUAAGGUGUCUUGGCUAAUGUGUCUUGGCUAAUGUGUCUUGGCUAAGGUGUCUUGGCUAAUGUGUAUUGGCUAAUGUGUCUUGGCUAAUGUGUCUUGGCUAAUGUGUCUCGGCUAAUGUGUCUUGGCUAAGGUGUCUUGGCUAAUGUGUCUUGGCUAAUGUGUCUUGGCUAAUGUGUCUUGGCUAAGGUGUCUUGGCUAAUGUGUCUUGGCUAAGGUGUCUUGGCUAAGGAGUCUUAUCUUAUGUGUCUUGUCUAAUGUGUCUUGGCUAAUGUGUCUUGGCUAAUGUGUCUUGGCUAAAGUGUCUUGGCUAAUGUGUCUUGGCUAAUGUGUCUUGGCUAAUGUGUCUUGGCUAAUGUGUCUUGGCUAAGGUGUCUUGGCUAAGGUGUCUUGGCUAAUGUGUCUUGGCUAAGGUGUCUUGGCUAAUGUGUCUUGGCUAAUGUGUCUUGGCUAAUGUGUCUCGGCUAAUGUGUCUUGGAUAAGGUGUCUUGGCUAAUGUGUCUUGGCUAAUGUGUCUUGGCUAAUGUGUCUUGGCUAAGGUGUCUUGGCUAAGGUGUCUUGGCUAAGGUGUCUUGGCUAAGGUGUCUUGGCUAAGGUGUCUUGGCUAAUGUGUCUUGGCUAAUGUGUCUUGGCUAAGGUGUCUUGGCUAAUGUGUCUUGGCUAAUGUGUCUUGGCUAAUGUGUCUUGGCUAAGGUGUCUUGGCUAAGGUGUCUUGGCUAAGGUGUCUUGGCUAAUGUGUCUUGGCUAAUGUGUCUUGGCUAAGGUGUCUUGGCUAGUGUGUCUUGGCUAAGGUGUCUUGGCUAAUGUGUCUUGGCUAAUGUGUCUCGGCUAAUGUGUCUUGGCUAAGGUGUCUUGGCUUAUGCGUCUUGGCUAAGGUGUCUUGGCUAAUGUGUAUUGGCUAAUGUGUCUUGGCUAAUGUGUCUUGGCUAAGGUGUCUUGGCUAAUGUGUCUUGGCUAAUGUGUCUUGGCUAAUGUGUCUCGGCUAAUGUGUCUUGGCUAAGGUGUCUUGGCUAAGGUGUCUUGGGUAUUGUGUCUUGGCUAAUGUGUCUUGGCUAAGGUGUCUUGGCUAAUGUGUCUUGGCUAAUGUGUCUCGGCUAAGGUGUCUUGGCUAAGGUGUCUUGGCUAAUGCGUCUUGGCUAAUGUGUCUUGGCUAAGGUGUCUUGGCUAAGGUGUCUUGGCUAAGGUGUCUUGGCUAAGGUGUCUUGGCUAAUGUGUAUUGGCUAAUGUGUCUUGGCUAAUGUGUCUUGGCUUAUGUGUCUCGGCUAAUGUGUCUUGGCUAAUGUGUCUUGGCUAAUGUGUCUUGGCUAAUGUGUCUUGGCUAAGGUGUCUUGGCUAAGGUGUCUUGGCUAAGGUGUCUUGGCUAAUGUGUCUUGGCUAAGGUGUCUUGGUUAAGGUGUCUUGGCUAAUGUGUCUUGGCUAAGGUGUCUUGGCUAAGGUGUCUUGGCUAAUGUGUCUUGGCUAAGGUGUCUUGGCUAAUGUGUCUUGGCUAAGGUGUCUUGGCUAAUGUGUCUUGGCUAAUGUGUCUCGGCUAAUGUGUCGUGGCUAAGGUGUCUUGGCUAAUGCGUCUUGGCUAAGGUGUCUUGGCUAAUGUGUCUUGGCUAAUGUAUCUUGGCUAAUGUGUCUUGGCUAAGGUGUCUUGGCUAAUGUG